UCUCUCUCUCUCUCUCUCUUCCCAUCUCCUCUGCACCUCUCUUCUUAUGAACUAAAUUCACCUCUGCUCUGAAUCCCUUCCCCUUUGUUCUACGGGGAAGCUUCUUUGGUUGGCAGUGGAGGCCAGGAGUGACGUCCAACGUUGAAUCAUCCACCCCCACUCGUCAAACCAAAAUCAACAGGCUAAUUCUCCUGCCGAGUCGCAGAAUUUCGAACUCUUCCUUCUGCAUCACAGAUCUAAGCAUAUAUGGAGCUCACCCAAGCAACAAAAGACAGCAGCAAGUGCUUCGGGGAAGAGGAAGAAGAGGAGCAUCAGUUCCUCCCCCCCGUCUCCUCCACUUCCCACUCCCCUUCCUCCUCCGCCUUCCUUCUCCACUGGACCGACGUCCCCGAACCAUCCCCUUCCUCCGCAACCGAACCGGCUCCAACGGUCGAAAAGGAGCAUAUGUUCGAGAAAGUCGUCACCCCAAGCGACGUCGGUAAACUUAACCGUCUCGUUAUACCGAAACAGCACGCCGAAAAAUACUUCCCUCUAGACUCUUCUACCCAAGACAAGGGCCUUCUCCUCAACUUUGAAGAUCGAAACGGCAAGCCAUGGCGAUUCCGCUACUCUUAUUGGAACUCUAGUCAAAGCUACGUCAUGACCAAGGGCUGGAGCCGGUUUGUGAAGGAGAAGCGGCUUGAUGCGGGUGACACGGUUUCGUUUGGCCGGGGUGUCGGUGAGGCCGCAAGAGAUAGACUUUUCAUUGAUUGGAAAAGGAGGCCCGACCCGCACUUCGACUCCCCCGCAUCUCUUCGGAUCCCACGCUUCGCUUACCACCCCACAUCCUCGCAUCACCCUUAUCUUCCCUUUCCCCGCUCAUCCACCGUCCCUUGGGCUACCAGCCGCUUUUUCGCCCCCACUUUAGCUUCCAACUAUUUGUACUUCCGUUCUCCUCAGCCCAGCCGUCCAAGUCUACCCAUGGUGCUCGACUCCUUUCCGGUGGGCCAAGCCAAGCCCUCUGGAAAGCCCAAGAGUGUUAGACUUUUUGGCGUUAACCUUGAGCAGCAGCAUGAAGGAGGUGAUGAUAUCGACGGCUCGGCAGGGUUUCUUCAGCUUCAGCUACGGGCUCCUGAUCUGCCCUCGCCUGAGCUACGACUUGGUGCCGGGGGCGGGGACGCUGUGGUUCGGUCGUCUUCUUCAUCUUCAUCAUCCCGGGGAGGAAAGGAUGGGCUUAUCAUUAAUUCCCCGUCAUUGGAUCUCGACAUGUGACUGGCGCUAGAGGGGAUUAUUAAUUCUUUCUUUUUUUGCUUGCUUGCCUGCUUGCCUACUGUUUAUUUGCUUUCGAAAAAGCAAUAGUGCUGACUAUAACUUAAUUAUGAUUUCAAGUUCGAGUAUUUGUUGUGGAAGAAAUGAAUGAAUAGAAGAAUGUAACUAGUUAGAUCAGUUUCUCUUCCAUGAAUCCCUUGUUUCAAUUGUAAAUACUGCACUCUCCAAUGUGUUAUUCUUGACAUAUUUCUCUUAAUUAUUCUAUAGAUUUAUUCAUUUUAUAUGUCCGGAAUGCUCUGUGUUUGAAGCUGGGAGGAUGUGUUUCAGGAAUUAAUCUAAGGAGAAGAGUACGUAAGAUCUUGAAGGAAAUGGCUUGCCAUGAACAAUGCUUGCAGUGGAGAGCACGAAUUUCAAGAAAGAUAAACAGUUUUGGAGAAUCAUGCUAACGAUCAGGCAUACAUGUUGACGGCCGUCUGGGACUGGAUGUUGGCAAGAGAGACGUUUUGUUCGAGCGAUCACCGAAAUGUGUCGGGAGAUGUUCUGCAGGACGAGGAUUGGUCCUCAAGAUGAUCGACAGGAGGCUCUCGUUUGGAUUAGAUAUCGAUCAAGUCAAUGCUUACUCGACGAUUGAAAAUUUUU